CGCUCGGGGUGCAGAACCGCACAGGAGGCGCUGUGCAGGCGGAGUGGGGGCCGCAGAGAGUCCGGCCGUGGCUCUGAGUUGUCUCGGAGCAGAAGUCACGUGCAGGAAGCGGAAACCACGUGUGUGUGUGUGUGUCCAGCCUUGACUCAAGUACACACACGCACAGCCCCCACCCCCGGCUCAUAGCCGUUUCUCCCCGUUCCCCACCAGCCGGGCAGGGACCAGGGCCGGUGGGAGAAUGCAGUCUCUGGCCGCCCGGGAGGAGAAGGGCUCGCGGCCUCGGACGCUCUAGAGCCGCCCCACGCGGGGUCCCCGCGCCCACGCGCACCGCGGCGCGUUGUCAUGGCCGUGCCCGGGGAUCGCCAGGAGGCCGCAGCGGCCGCGCGGGUGCCGGAGCCGUGUCCCAAGCGGCUGUUCCGGCUGGUGCAGGACGGCCGGCUGCGCGCGCUGCGGGACGAGCUGCAGAGGGUGGGAGGCUGGGCUGCGGGGGCCGGCUGUCCGGGGCCGGCCGGAGACACCCUCCUGCACUGCGCCGCCCGCCACGGGCACCGGGACAUCCUGGCCUACCUGGCCGAGGCCUGGGGGAUGGACAUCGAGGCCUCCAACCGAGACUACAAGCGGCCUCUGCACGAGGCUGCCUCCAUGGGCCACCGGGAUUGCGUGCGCUACCUGCUGGGCCGAGGAGCCGCCGUUGACUGCCUGAAGAAGGCGGACUGGACGCCUCUGAUGAUGGCUUGCGCAAGGAAGAAUCUCGAGGUGAUCCAAGACCUUGUGGAGCACGGCGCCAAUCCACUCCUGCAAAACAAAGAUGGCUGGAAUAGCUUCCAUAUUGCCAGCCGAGAAGGUGACCCAGAGAUCCUCCAGUACCUGCUCAGUGUUUCCCCAGCGGCCUGGAAGACAGAAAGCAAAAUCAGAAGGACUCCUCUGCACACUGCAGGCAAUACCAGUGCUCCUAAUUUAAUUACUCCAUCUGCAAUGCAUGGAUGUUUAGAGGCAGUAAAGGUGCUUCUUAACAGCUUGGGUUCCAGGUGCGAGUAUGAACCAGACUGCAGGGACAAAUGUGGCGUGACCCCCUUUAUGGACGCCAUACAGUGUGGCCAUGUCAACAUCGCCAGGCUGCUCCUUGCAACACAGAAGGCUUCCUUUUCAGCCGUGGAUACCCUGGGAGCCCAGGCUGUGCACAGGGCAGCCGUCACAGGGCAGAACGAAGCCCUCCGAUUCCUGGUCUCCGACCUCAGCAUCGACGUGGAUGUGAGAACGCCUGCCGGCCUCACGGCACUGCAUUUCGCAGCUAAGGAAGGGCAUACAAGCACAGUUCAGACUCUCUUAUCCUUGGGUGCUGAUAUCAACUCUAAAGAUGAAAGAAAUCGAUCAGCCCUGCACCUGGCCUGCGCCGGUCAGCACUCGGCUUGCGUUGAGUUUCUUCUGCAGUCUGGACUGAAGGAUUCUCCAGAUGUAUCAGGCACCCUGGCUCAGCAGCUCACAAAGAGAACCGACAUCCUUCAGUGCUUUGACCGAACAGUAGCAACGUAGGAAUGUUUCUGAAAGAAGAUAAUAAAAAUACACGGAAUGACUUCAAGAGCCUAACUGCAGACCUGGGACUACAAAGGAACUACUACCUUUUCAAUCAGAAAAAUCCUUGCCAAAAUUGGGAAGCUGCUGCCUCAGCUGCCAACUUCAGAAGUGAGCUGUCAUCGUUGCUGUCAGGAAGGCUAAAUGAUCAGGAGGUCUGCAUAGAAAAACCAGUUAUUUUCAUGACAGUGUUUGCCAGCAGAAGCCGCAGACAUGGUUUCCUCUUCUGCUUUCCAAAACUCAAGCAAUUAGCAGACUCCAAAUCACAUCCAGAAAUCUAGCUAUAAGGGAGUCCUGGAAAUGUACUUUAUAACUUUCCUGCUUAUGCAAUACA